UUCACAAACUAGUUCAAAAGCUCUAAAGACACUAGCUAGCUAAGAAGAUGAAGAAGAUGAAUGUGGUGGCUUUUGUUAUGCUCAUCUCUCUUCUUCUGCUUUUUCAGGUACUUGCAGAGUUCUCUACAUCCAGCAACGCUGAAACUUCCUCUGUUUCUGAGAUUCAGACGAACGACGAGAACCAAAUGGCGGCGUUUAAGAGAACACACCAUCGUCCACGACUCCAUUGUGGGCAUGCGUGCGCGAGGAGAUGCAGUAGGACGUCGAGGAAGAAAGUGUGUUACAGAGCGUGUGGAAGUUGCUGUGCCAAGUGUCAGUGUGUGCCGCCGGGAACCUCCGGAAACACAGCAUCAUGUCCUUGCUACGCCAAUCUCCGUACACAUGGCAAUAAGCUCAAGUGUCCUUAAAGACUACAAAAACCUCUAUAUUGUUAUGCUCUCAUCAUCUGAUUAUGUUUCUACUUUAUUAAAUUAUUAUCUUGUGUGAGCUUAUUUUACCAUUAUGUUUUCAUCAUUUGAACUUUGUAUUCAUUCCCAAUAAUAAGAUGAGUGGUUUUAUUGGUUA